AUGUACGGUGAGGAUAAGCCUUUGUCAGCCGAAUAUUUCGCCAACAUUCAAAGUUUCUUGCCUGAGAGUACAUUCGAAGAUAUCUUUAGCAACAAGAAUCAAGUGUUACCGUCACACUCAACACAACAGAGGAUCAACACUCAAACGGAGAAAUCUCCACCCGUCAUUGACAUUACAGAUUCGCCUGAGAAGGUGAGAAGCGCCAAAAAGCCGGCGCAGAAGAUGAGAGUAAUGGUGUUGCCAUUUUCCCGUGCGAAGAAAGCUGUGAAUACGUUUCCGGUGGAUGUAAACGCGAGUGAAAACGUGGAAGAGCUGAGGAAAGAGCUGGAGAAGAUUCAUCAACAGAGGUCUGAAGAGUUAAAUCUUCCUGAAGAGGGUUACUUCUUUAUACACAAACAGAGAGUGUUGGACGAUGAUCAGUCAUUCCGGUGGAACUGUGUUGCUCACGGCGACACAAUUGAGAUAUUUCCAGGCUCUACAGGCAGAAGAUUUCGCCAAACGGGUUGUUAG